UGGUCCUGCGGUUGGCCCUGGGGAGGCCUGAGGAGUGGGGAGCUGGGGUGGGUAGGAUGGCCCAGCACCCAGUCUGGAGACUGUGAUGUCGUGUGUUGGGGGGCUGGAGUUUCUGGUUGGAGGAGUCAGCCAGGGACGCUGAGGGAAGUGCGAAGCCCCUUCCCCAACCCACAGGAAUCCCUCUGGAAACAUCGGCUUCAGGUGGAAGAACUGGGCCUAGAACCCAACCUUGAGGGCAUCCUGCGAUCAGGAGUCAGCGACAGCGACACCUGGGAUGGGGGAGACUGAGGAUCUGGUGCAGCUGCGGCAGCUCAACCUGCAGCUUCUGAGGCAGCUGUGGGCUGGCCAGGAGGCCGUGCGGCGGGCGGUGGCCCAGGCAGCGUCAGAGUCAAGCCUAGACUCCAGCAGUUGUGGUAACUCGGAGAUGCCGUCAUCCCCGGAGACUUCCUUGACAUCCCUGAGAACCUCCUACCCCGAGGAAACCCACCCAGGCGGCCCCUGGGACACAUCCUGGCCCUGCGGGGCCAGCUCUGGGGAGAGCUAUCUCCCACCUGGCAGCUGCCACCACUGGGAGUCCCUGGGUGGACCGAGGCCCUGCUCGGCACCCUUGGUGACCACCUCAGAUUCGACUGAGUCGCAGCUUUCCACGGAGCAGGCCCGGGAGGGGCCCCAAGAGGCACAGGCCCUGAGGUCCAUCCUGGCUCAGCAGAGCAAUGUGUCCAAGCCGAGAGUGACCUUCCGCAAGGAGGAAUCUCCAGUGCCUGAGCGGAACUGGCGCCUCCGACCGUACCUGGGCUAUGACUGGAUUGCAGGCUCCUUGGACAGCAGCUCUCCUGUCACCAACAAGCCCGAGGCCUUCUUCUCGGAGCUGCGGAACUUCCGGGACGCCCACCAGGAGGAGUGUGUUUGCAGUGACCAGGGAUCCCCGUUCCUGGGCCUGCGCGAGCGAGGGGAUGUCCCGGAGGAGCACCAGUGCGUGUACUGCUACCGUGUCAACCGGCGCCUGUUUCUGGUGCCCUCGGAUCCUGGCGCCCCCUGCCGCCUGUGCAGGUUGCCCCGGGGCCAGCGGGGCCCUGAGACCUUGGCGCGUCCGGCACAGGUCAGGGUGAGCGUCCCGCUGUCGAUCCUGGAGCCCCCGUACCGCCACCACAUCCACCGACGGAAGAGCUUUGAUGCCUCUGACACACUGGCCCUGCCCCGGCACUGCCUGCUGGGCUGGGACGUCUUCCCUCCGAAACCCGAGAAAAGCUCAGCCCCCAAGAGCCUGGACCUCUGGUCCUGUAUCCCCUCCGAGGCCCAGCACCGGAAGCUGUCAGCCACGGGCCCUUCCUGCUUGGCCCUGCCAACGCAAGUCCCGUCCCCCAUGCCAACCUGGUCAGAACCCCAGGUUCCCCGGCCCCACGCCUCCCGGCUGAAGCCCUGAGGACUGGUCACGUGGAGGACAGUGCUGCUGUUGCCUCUAGCCUCCCCGUCUGGUGGCGGACCUGCCCGGCCUAGACCCGGGUGACUCAGGCCGCACCUCCCAGGUGGUCUCCAGGCCUGUUUCCUUCCUGGGGACACAGGGUAGGGCGUGAGGAGGUAGCGGGUGAGGGAUGCUGUGACCUGUUUGUAAAUAAAGCUCGGAGUUCUCAGAGCCCCUGUGUGCUGGUCUGU